AUGCCCAAGGGUGAAUCGUUGUCGGCCAGCUUUGCUGAACAGGUUCAGCGAGCUCUUUGUGACACAUACGGAAGUGACAUUCCCCGACAUGUGGAGGAGAUGGCCAGUCAGCUUGGGGUGAUGAAUUUUGGCAGGGAAGCCCGGUGCCAGGAGUGCGCCAGCGCGACGGCCCCGACGGCACGCUCGUCGCCCAAGUCCCCGCGCUCGCCGCGCUCGCCGCGCUCGCCGCGGUGCUCAAGCCCGCGCUCCAGAGGUGUCUGCCAGCGACUUUACGAGGAGGGCAUGUCUCUGAAACAGAGGAGAAAAGAAUUUGUGGAGGAGGUGUUUGCCUUGGAGAAGGAAAGUCUGAGAAGAAAGGCCAAAGAGCUCAUGAGCCGUGGAAGCCGACUUUACUCUCCCAGCCGCCUUCAGCGCUACUGCUCUUUCAAAGGUCCUGAGGAGCACAGAUACCCCGGGCGCCGCUGCGGCUCGCCCGAGCGGAGCCCCAGCCCUCGGAGCCCUCGGAGCCCUCGGAGCCCUCGGAGCCCUCGGAGCCCUCGGAGCCCGAGCCGAAGUCUGCGUUCGAGCCUCUCGGCGCUGGACGAGAGGAAGGUGGAGGAGAAGGAUGAUGCCUCACAGACGACAAGGGCAUCCUCAUCUGUGGAUGUCAGCAUGGAGAUGCGCAAUGAGCUAGAUGUGAUGAGGAAGCAGUUAGGCCUGCUUUCAAUGGGUGCUGACAUGCUGCGACGGAAGCUUUCGGAGGUAGAGCGAAGCUCCAGCGAGAGCCAGCUGGUUCGAGGCAAUCCUCCAGCAGAGGUCCAAGAAGCUCCGCAAGCUUCGCAGGUCGCCACUCUGCCUGGCCCCGUGCACGUGUGCCAGGAUUGCCACACGGCUUCAAGGUCAGAUACCCAACGACCCGGCUCGCCACAACCUGUACCGGGGAGCCCGGCGCAGGUCCUGUACCACGGAUACCGGUUGCCUACGAUGCAGCCCUGUGUGCAGCCUGUGCAGUGGGGAAGCCCCGUUAUGCAGGACCGUCUGUGUACUGAGACUGCGCGUCCAAUGGCAUUUGCAUUUUGA